AUGUCAACCACUACGACUACUCUCACCCAGGACGUUUCUACAUCGCCAGGCUCAGCCGACCAAUACUAUGGAAAACUCCGGUUCAUCCCACCUGGCCAAACACCCAAGGCAAGCCCUCAUAACUUCCAUUUGCCAGCCAUGUCCGAAUUUGGAGAUGUACGGUUACAAUCCCUGAUAGACAUGCGACCCGUCCCCACAACAUCAGAGCUUCCAAACGCACCAGAAGGGACGGCAAGGCUCCCUUCUCACGGCUUUGCUGCCGUCAGACACCCGACAACACUCAACUCUGCGCCAUACACCAAGGACAGCUGGAAGAGCCCAGCACUACUGAAGCAGUUCUACAUCCCGGAAACGGAAGAAAUGGUCAAGCAGAUCACUGGAGCCAAAAAUGUGAUCACCGAAUCUCUUCUCCUGCGCAGCGAGAUCUGGUCAGAGACCGACGCACUCGCAGCCCACGCCGGCCACGGCGACAAGGCUGAAGCAACCAAGGAGGAAGAGGAGCAGACAUCCGAAGCCACAGCCCUCGAACUCGGCUUCCCACAAUUCAUCGGAUUUUCACCCACGACCGGCGGCGCCAGCCCCGCGCCGAAAGUCCACCUCGACUACGCACCCAACGGGGCACGCACGCACAUCCGCAGAUUCCACCCGAUGAUGGCGAGCGCCGCAAGCGCCGUCAUCCGUGCCGAAGAAGACCUCCUCUCUAGAGGAAAGUCACUGCGCGACGACUACGCGACCUCCGGGCUCGGCCCACGCUGGGCGCUGUUCUCGAUCUGGCGGCCACUGAAGGCGGUGACGCGCGACCCUCUGGCGCUGGGUGAUGCGCGCACAUUCCUCGAGUCCGACUACGUGCCGGUGAUCGUCAAGACGCCGGAUCUCGGCAUCCCCGGCGAGAAAUCCACCCACGACACCGAGAGUUACCUCGCGCAUUGGUCUGCGGGCCAGAAGUGGUACUUCAUCUCUAGGCAGGAGCCCGAGGAGGUGUUGGUCAUUGGCCUCUUUGAUUCCGAUCGGGACGCCGAGACCGUCGCCGCCGGUGGCACCCUCCAUAGUAGUGUUGAUCUGCCGGGCACCGAGGCUGAGGAGCCCCGUGAGAGCUUGGAGUUGAGGUGUCUCGCUAUUUGGUAG